AUGUUAUACAAACUGACGAAUUUUAAGAUCUUGAUAGAUGAAAAUCUCUGCCAUCAUGAAACUGGAACAGUACAGUUUAGUCGAGCACAAGAAAUUAAAUGUGACUCGCCGGGUCCUGUUGUCGGAAGACGCCUGAAGAUCCAACGAAUGGAACCAUCGUCUGCUCUUACAUUGUGCGAAGUGAGCGUACAGGCUUUCCAAUAUAGAGCAUGCCAAACCAAGCGCUAUGGCCCCAACUGCAACAACCGAUGCCAAUGUGCCAAUGAUGACACGUGUGAUGACAAGACAGGACAGUGCCCAUCUGGGUGUAAAGAUUUUUUCACAGGCCCUUACUGUAACAUAGCAAUUACCUGCGACCCACCGUCACGACUGUUAAAUGGAAAAGUUUCUACCACCUUUUUAGCAACCGUUGGUUGGUUCGUGAGUUACAAGUGCGACAAAGGCUUCGUUCUCGAAGGGAAAGAGAAUUCAACCUGUGUCGAGAACGUUUACGGUCCUGGUAAUGUGGCAGACUCAACUCCCGUCUGUAGAGCAAUAACCUGCGACCCACCGUCCCUAACAAAUGGACAAGUGUCUGUCCCAAAGCCUGUACUUCUAGGUUCAGCCGUUAGCUACCAGUGUAACACAGGUUACGUUCUAGAAGGGAAAGAGAGUUCCACCUGUGUCGAGGUUGGGACUGGUAAUGUUAAAGGGAGCUGGGCUGACCCGACACCCGUGUGCACAGCAAUAACCUGCGACCCACCGUCCCUAACAAAUGGACGAGUGUCUGGCCCGAAGCCUGCACUUCUAGGUUCAGCCGUUAGCUACCAGUGUGACACAGGUUACGUUCUAGAAGGGAUAGGGAGUUCUACCUGUGUCGAGGUUGGUCCUGGUAAUGUUAAAGGGAGCUGGGCUGACCCGACACCUGUGUGCACAGCAAUAAUCUGCGACCCACCGUCCCUAACAAAUGGACAAGUUUCUGUCCCGAGGCCUGCACUUCUAGGUUCAGCAGUUAGCUACCAGUGUGACACAGGUUACGUUCUAGAAGGGAAAGGGCGUUCCACUUGUGUCGAGGAUCAACCUGAUAAUGUUAAAGGGAGCUGGGCUGACCCGACACCCGUAUGCACAGCAAUAACCUGCGACCCACCGUCCCUAACAAAUGGACAAGUGUCUGUCCCGAAGCCUGCCCAUCUAGGUUCAGCCGUUAGCUACCAGUGUUACACAGGUUACGUUCUGGAAGGGAAAGGGAGUUCUACCUGUGUCGAGGAUGGACCUGAUAAUGUUAAAGGGAAAUGGGCUGACCCAGCACCCGUGUGCACAGCUAUUACCUGUGAACCUCCUGUCAUAUCAAACGGACAUGUAUCAGUCAUCAAACCAGCCUUGUAUGGGUCAACUGUAACCUAUCGUUGUAACCAAGGCUUUGUUCUGGAUGGGGAAGGGAGCUCAAAGUGUAUUCAAAAUGGAACUGACAAUGUUUAUGGGAAAUGGACUGACCAGACGCAUGUGUGUAAAGCUAUUACCUGUGAGCCUCCUGUCAUAUCAAACGGAUAUGUAUCAGUCAUCAAACCAGCCGUGUAUGGGUCAACUGUAACCUAUCAUUGUAACCAAGGCUUUGUUCUGGAUGGAAAAGGGAGCUCAAAGUGUAGUCAAAAUGGAACAGACAAUGUUUAUGGGAAAUGGACUGACCAGUCGCCUGUGUGUAAAGCCAUAAGUUGCGACAAACCAUUGUUACUGAAUGGACAAGUUAUAGCGGGUGUUCAAAGUACCCAUGGCACGACAGUGAUCUUUAGGUGCAACGAAGGCUUCGUUCUCGAAGGAAAGACAUAUUCUACGUGUGUUCAUGAAGAUCCAAACAGCGCCAAGGGAAAGUGGUCAGAGCCAACGCCUGUUUGCAAAGCCAUAAGUUGCGACACACCAUUGUUGCUGAAUGGACAAGUAAUAGCGGGUGGUCAAAGUACCCAUGACACGACAGUGAUCUUUAAAUGCGACGACGGCUUCAUUCUCGUAGGAAAGACGAAUUCUACGUGCGUUCAUGAAGAUCCAAACAGCGCCAAGGGAAAGUGGUCAGAGCCAACACCUGUUUGCAAAGCUAUUACCUGUGAACCUCCUGUCAUAUCAAACGGAUAUGUAUCAGUCACCAAAGUAGCUAUGUAUGGUUCAACUGUAACCUAUCAUUGUAACCAAGGCUUUUUUCUGGAUGGGAAACGGAGCUCAAAGUGUAUUCAAAAUGGAACUGACAGUGUUUACGGGAAAUGGACUGACCAGUCGCCUGUUUGUAAAGCUAUAAGUUGCGACACACCAUUAUUACUGAAUGGACACGUAAUAGCGGGUGGGCUAAGUACCCAUGGCACGACAGUGAUCUUUAGAUGCGACGAAGGUUUCAUUCUUGAAGGAAAGACAAAAUCUACGUGUAUUCAUGAAGAUCCAAACUGCGCCAAGGGAAAGUGGUCAGAGCCAACACCUGUUUGCAAAGAAAUUGGAUUGGAGUCACCUUCGUCGACAUUGGAUUACGUGCAUGGAGACGUAGAAGGACGCACAAAUACGCGUGAUGAAUCAGGAUCAGCAAUGAACAUCGGAAUUGGUAUUGGCUGCGCGACAGUUGUUCUCGUCUUGGUAAUCAUUGGUAUUAUUUUGGCAAUUAAAAACAAAAGUCGAGAAAGCCCACCACAUGAAACACUCGAAGAAGAGCCCCCUGCCAAAUCCAACGUGAAGGUCUUCCAGAAUCCACUUUACAAUAUAGAGGAAUGGAACGAAGGACAAAACGAAACAAGGGGCAGUUCUGAUGAGACGUUCCGCCUAGAUUUUCUUUGAGGAAAGUACACAACAUCAAAUUAUUCAGGAGUUUUAUAGCUGUGUUUCAGUUGGUGAUGGUCGGUUUACGUCACGCAAGUUUUCGACGUUACAGAACUUGGUCACGGUGGCAAAAAUGCUCUGUACAUUUUUAGAGACAUAAUUAUUUUCUCGGUGGAGUUAAACCCGU